AUGCACAGAGCAAGAGAUGCAUAUCAAAAGGAUUUAAGUUAUGAAACAGGCUAUGAUGUAAAUCCAUCAAUAUUAGAAAUAAGAAAGCGCCAAUCGAAAAAAGACGACGCAAUUCGGCGAAAAAUAGAGAAUGAAUUGAGUAAAAAAAGACCUACUGCUGCUCGUAUGCAUCCUUCACGUAAAGCAGAUUCUAAAACAGUACUAUCACUAAGCCCUUCACCUCCUCUUACCGUUCAAUCUGGUAUUACUGUUUCAGAAGCAUCUCAAUUGAUGGCGGCAAAAAGAGAAGAUUGUGUUUUGGUAGUGGAUGAUGAUCAACAUUUAAUUGGUAUUUUUACGGCAAAAGAUCUUGCAUUUCGUGUUGUUGGGAUGGAUAUGGAUCCAAGAAAUCUUCUUAUUGAGGAUAUAAUGACAGAAAAUCCUUUAUGUGCUCGAAAUGAUACAUCAGCAACAGAUGCACUUGAUCUUAUGGUACAUAAAGGAUUUAGACACUUGCCUGUUUGUGAUGAAGAUGGUAAUGUUUCUGGGAUUUUAGAUAUAACAAAAUGUUUUCAUGAAGCUAUGAAAAAAGUGGAGCGUGCGUAUACAAGUUCUCGACAAUUAUAUGAUGCUUUGGAAGGAGUUCAAACAGAAUGGGGUCAAAUACAGCAACCAGAACAAAUUAUUCAAUAUGUUGAGACACUAAGACAGAAAAUGUCAGGUCCAAAUUUAGCAAGUGCAUUAGAUGGAUCUACUCCUAUUACAGUAAAUAUACGAACUAACGUUAGAGAUGCAGCUUUUCUAAUGAGGGAAAAUCAUACAACAGCAGUUUUGGUUAUGGAUCAAAUGAAUAUUUCUGGGAUUUUUACAUCUAAAGAUAUUGUUUUACGUGUUAUUGCUCCUGGACUUGAUCCUGCAAACUGUUCUGUGGUUCGUGUUAUGACUCCUCAUCCAGAUUGUGCUCCAAUGGAUAUGAGUGUACAAGAAGCUCUUAAAAAAAUGGAUGAAGGACAUUAUCUUAAUCUUCCUGUAUUAGAUCAAGAAUCACAGGUCAUUGGAAUGGUUGACGUUAUGAAGUUAACGUAUCUUAUUUUGGAGCAAAUAAAAAGUAUUAGUUCAUCUGAUGGAGAAGGGCCUAUUUGGAAUAAGUUUUGGAAUACUUUAGGAGAUGGGGAUACAGAAUCUGUUUUGUCUGAAAAUCAACUUUCUACAUCUCAGAAUUACCAAUCAUUAUCAUUUACGCCUUUAUCUAAUAAUCAACAAGAUUUACAGUCUCUUUCACCUGACCUUUUAGGAGCAAAAUUGCCUCAAAAAAAUGAAUGGAUAUCUCCAGUUGAAAAACAUGUUUUUUCCGGUAAAAAUUCUCCACUAUUAAGUCAAAUUCCAUUUGUUUUUAAAUUUAAAUCUCCAUACGGAAAGACUCAUAGGAUACAACUUGUCCCUCAAGUUGGAUAUGCGUCACUUAGGCUUGCAAUUAUUGAACGUUUAAGAUCUGAGCUUGAUAAACUAGGAGGAAGUGAUAAUUUAGCCAUAAGUUUUAUCGAUGAUGAUGGUGAUGCUGUAUCAAUGACAACGGAUGAUGAUAUGCUUCAUGCUGUUGAAUUGGCUCAUAAAAAUGCAGAAGAUAAAGUAAAUCUUAUCAUUCAUCAUUUAAAUGACCCUGUUGUCAUUCAAACACCUGCUGAUUUGCCCUCAGCUAUUCAAAAUCAUGACCAAAAGAAUUCACAACAUAAAUCACAUCGAUCAACCGGCUACUUUCUUUCUAUAUCUCUUGUUCUAUGUGUCGCUACCAUUGCAGUUGUCUAUAGGUAUAUCCGGAAAUAG